AUGGAGACGGAGGCAGAGCGUACGUCCCGUCUGUACGCAGAAGCCGAGGCGAAACGGGUAUUUGAGCAAAUCGACGACGACCUGCGGGAGGAGCGGGAGCGAUUGAAGAAGAGGAAGGGCGACGUCAAGCUUCUUCUCCUUGGUCAAGCCAAGAGCGGGAAAUCGAUGCUGCAGAAACAGUUCCAGCUCAUGUAUAAACCCACUUCGAUGGAUCAAGAACGCGCAUCUUGGACAGCGGUCAUCUACUUCAACGUCGUUCAUUCAUUGAAACACAUCCUAGCUACGCUUGAAGCUUGGGACGACACUCUCGACGAAGACGCCGAGGCGCAACCUACAUCGACGGACGAUUCACAGUCUAUCAUACCAAAGAAGGCUCGCGGGAACGGUAUCGCAGAUCAGCCGUCACCAUCUACUUCUCUCUUGACCGGCAGCAUCAUCCAAGGAUCACCAAGUUCCCUGAUGCCGUCGGAUGCCGGCGGCUCCCACUCCCAUUCGAUGAAAGAGGGCGGCGCCCUUCAGAUAGCCAACCUUCGACGCAGACUGUCUCCAUUGGUUGCUGCGGACGCGCAGCUCGCGGACAGACUCAGUGGUGGAAUCUCGGUGUCUGGUUCUGGUAAGGGCGGCGUCUUUGUGCAUAGUGGUUGGCAGGCCCGUACCAUCGAGAAUGCUCUCAGAAGGAUCAAACAAAAACGCCCUUCGGCCGAAAGCGAAAAGAAGACUCGUGAGAUUGAACCGCAGGACCCUUUGGUUCAGGACGUUGGGUGA